AUGCGUCAAUACCUAGCAAGUACGCUCAUCCUCCUCCUCGCCAUUGUCAUCAUAUUCACAAUCCCAGAGCUCGCACAAGUCCAAUCCUUCUUUAUCAAAUCCACAACUGCCACAAAGAUGUCCUCGUCCAAUCCCCUCAACGUCUUCCGCCAACCCCUCCAACUCUUCUCCCGCCAGCCCAUGACCGGCUUCCACCGCGACGGCUACUGUCGCACCGGCGCCGCUGACUUCGGAAAUCACGCCGUCGCUGGCGUCGUCAGCGAGAAGUUUCUCGACUACACGGCCGCACAAGGGAAUGAUCUCAGGGCGGCGGGGUUGAGCGAGGGGUGUAAGUGGUGUUUGUGCACGGGGAGGUGGUUGGAGGCAUUUCAGGCGUACAAGGAUGGGAAGAUAAGCAAGGAAGCCGUGCCGAAGGUGCAGUUGAGUGCGACGGAGGAGAGUGCGUUGCGGAAGGUGGAUCUGGAGACGUUGAAGGAGUUUGCUGUGCCGGAGGAGGCGACGAAUGGUGCGCAUUGA